AUGGCCAUUACACUGAUGACCACCGUCCCUGGGUUGCACCUGCAGUCCCCUUCAUUGUCGAUAAUAACUUCUCCGACCACAUUUGUGCAUUCUUGGAAGUCUCCACAAUCACCUGCGUUUCCAGAUCUCUCUCCAAUACUCCCCCUCUCGACCCCAGUAUCAUCCACCUUCCAACACCGCAUCUCCACGAAGAGUGUAUAUCAUGUAACUCCUUUCCCACGCAUUCCACCAGAGCUUUUCCUGGACAUCAUCUCGUUCCUUGCUGUGCCAGACACGCCCACCAUAACGAGCAUCUACGACCAGCCCAAUCUCGCAGAAAUCUGUAAUUGCUCCCUCGUGAGCAGAUUUUGGCUAUACGCAGCCCGGGAUCAUUUAUGGAGAUACGUGCGACUUGGCAGCGGACGAAGAGGGAAUAAUUUCGUCGAGUUGUUACAAAAUUACAACUCAGGGCAUGAAUCCACCCUUCCGAGUUUUGUUCCGCAUGUCAAGCACCUCUUCAUUCGUGAAUCGCGGGGAGGUCUGUCGUGGGACCCGAAAUGGCUUAACGCAGUCUUGCCAACCCUAGCUGACUCGCUCGUCAAUCUCCACUCUCUCGAAGCUGAGCGAAUCACCUGGGAGUAUCUGUCGUCCAAAUCUCGGGAUGCUUUUAUGAAAGGAUUCAAGGGUGUGCGGAAGCUUGCGCUACGGGUAUGCGAGUUCAGGACGACGCUGGAGAUGAUCAAGGUUAUAGGAGUGUUUGAAGAUGUAGAAGUGCUCGCACUGGACGGGGUGCGCUGUGAGUGGGAUGAUAUACCUGCGGACUCAGCGGUGUUUGUAUCUAGAGCAGAUGAUAGAGCGGUCCCUAAGCCGCCAAGAAAACUUAGGGAGCUCGCGAUGCGGGGAGCAUGUACCAGACAUAUGUUGAAGUGGAUGAGGGAGGCAAUGAAGGAUGAUGGAGGGCGGGUGGCAGUGGAAGUGUUGAGACUCGGAGCGUUGGGUGUCAAGAGUGCCCCAGCAGUGGGGAAGUUCUUGAAGAUGCUGGGCGCAAGCUUGAAAGAGCUUCAUCUCGGGUUCGAUGUUGCAUUCAUAGACGAUGGAGACGAGAUUGUAUCUCACAUUGACCUCGGUCAUAACAAUUUUUUGAAGGAGAUGCAUGUGUAUGGAUUCAUUAUUCCUUCCUUGCCGCCCCCAGAUCUAUCAGAUCUCGAUCCUCCCCCGCCGCCACCGCAGUUGAUGCCACUCACUGUCCUCUUCGACGACUUCGAAGGGUUAGCUCACGUAUUGGACGGAAAGCCUUGGACAACCCUGGAGGAUGUACAAGUUGUGGUGGCAACUGAAGAUGAUGGAAGGAUGGGCGGGAUUGUCAAUCAGAAACUGGAUAGACUGUUCGAGAGAGGCGUGCUGCGAGUGGAUGUAGGUUUUGAUGACAGGGAGGUCAUAUGGAUUUGA